AUGUCAAGCCAAAAGCAGAUCGACCCGAAGAAGCAGCAGGAGCUGCAGCUUCAGUACACCAACUUCAAGAACACCCUUCAACAAUUGGCGCAGAAGAUCGGUGAUAUCGAGCAGGAGGCUGAAGAGCACAAACUUGUCAUCGAGACACUUGAUCCCCUUCCUGAAGAUCGCAAAUGCUUUCGCAUGGUGAACGGAGUCCUGGUCGAGCGUACAAUCAAGGAUGUUCUCCCGACAUUGAAGACCAACUCGGAUGGAUUGAAGCAGGUUCUGGAGGAUAUGUUGAAGCAAUACAAGACCAAGCAGUCGGACCUGGAUAACUGGAAGAAAAAGAACAACAUCCAGGUCGUGCAGCCCUGA